CUGAAGCAGAGUUUGAACAGUACGUGCAUGGUCUACCUUCGCACUGUAAGGACGAUGCAAAACCUUUGGCUACACAUUUUUUUACUGAUUGAAAUCAUAAACCAAUGUCAGGGAGCAAACAUACUAUCAAUUACUGUACUUCCAAGUAAGAGUCAUGUGGGUUUUGUAAAACCAUUGCUGGAUGAGUUAGCAGAGAAAGGACAUAAUUUAACAAUUAUUAGCCCUUUCCCAGAGUCGCCUCAUGCCAACAAUGUAAGGGUUAUUUCCUUAAAUCUUGCUGGUGGCAUGAUAAAGUCUCAUGGAAAUAUGACACUAUUUGAAAUGGGUGGAAGAAGUCCAUUUCCUUUGAUUUUCUACUUGAAGGACCUAGGAAAUGUGCUAUGCAAGAAUGCUCUUAGUGUACCAGAAGUGCAGGAGUUAAUUAUCUCACAUGAUCAAAAAUUUGAUCUUCUUAUAAUGAAUGGAUUUUUCACAGAAUGUUUCCUUGGAUUUGCUUACAAGUAUAAUGCUAGUAUCAUAUAUCAGACACCAAAUGCCCUAACAUUUUUGAUUGGCAACCCUGUUGGCAAUCCUGGUGCAUAUGCCUAUGUUCCAGAUGUUAUGCUAGAUUUUGGUGUAAACAUGAAUUUCAGGCAGCGAGUAAUCAACAGUGUGUAUAGCUUGUUAGGUGAACUGGUGCGUUCAUUUUCUUAUUUGCCAACUCAGCAAGAUAUCAUGAAUUCUAACUUUAGAAACAUACACUCUUUACCUUCUGUUGAGGAAUUACACAGAAGUGCUUCUUUGCUUUUUGUAAACACUCAUGAAAGUAUGGGAGUUCCAAGACCACUGACACCAAACACAAUUCAGGUUGGAGGAAUGCAAAUAAAGCCAGUAAAAGCCCUUCCAAAGGAUCUUGAAGCGAUACUGAACAAUUCCAAAGAAGGAGUAAUAUUCUUUAGUUUGGGGUCAAAUAUACAACCAUCAGAUAUGCCAAAAGACAAGUUUCUUGCCUUUAUGACAGCAUUCUCAAAGCUAAACCAGACAGUACUCUGGAAAUGGGACCAAGAUACAAUGCCUGGUAAACCAAGAAAUGUUCAUCUUGGGAAAUGGUUUCCUCAGAAUGACAUUUUAGGACAUAAGAAUGUCAAAUUGUUCAUAACACAUGGAGGCUUACUAAGCCUUCAGGAAGCUGUCUACCACGCAGUUCCUGUUUUGGGAGUACCAAUUUUUUCAGAUCAAAGAGUAAAUGUCAAUCAGGCAGAAGGCAAAGGAUAUGCAGUAAAGCUGUUUUUCUCCGAUGUAACAGAGGAGUUCUUAUUACAGGCAAUUAAUGAAGUUUUGAGUAAUCCAAGGUAUGCAAAUCGGGUAGCAGAACUGUCACGACAGUUUCGUGACCAGCCAGAAUCACCACUGGAGCGUGCUGUCUUCUGGACAGAAUAUGUGUUGAGACAUCGGGGUGCAGUACAUCUGCAGGUCGCUGCACGUGACCUAUCUUGGUGGCAGUUAGCUCUGCUGGAUGUUGUUGCUGCAGUAUUUGCUGUGACUGUAUUUUCCUUGUUGUGCAUGUAUGCUCUGUGUAGUUAUGUUUAUAGGCAAAUCUGUACAAAAGUCACAGUUGAAUCAAAGAAGAAUAAGUGAUUUUGUGACUUCAUUUGAACUUCAGACUUCUACUGUGUUGAUAGACAGUGCCAGCUGUCACAACUGUUUGACUGUUGUUAUCCCAUUCAUGGAUGUUCCAUGUAAGAAAUAUUAUUUGCACAACUAUGCAUAUG